GAGAAAGGCAGCACAUCUUCUUUUCGUUGCUUCGUCGCGGAUCAAGAAGAAGACAGGUCGUCCAUGGUUGGGGUUCGCGCACUCGUCGUUGCCGCCAUAUUGGCCGCCGCGACUGCGUCGCUGCGUCACGAGUCGACGAGCCAUCAGGCCGUGGAGACGCGGGCGCUCGUCGAGAUCAAGGCACCUUCGAUCAGCAACGACACGAUGAUCCAGGCGCGCGAGGCGAGUCUUGACUUUGAGAAAUUCCUCGCCAACCUCCGGGGCGCGAGCGCUGCUGACUAUUACGACAAACUCUACAGCGCGGUUCAAAUUGCACUGUGCGAGGCUGACGUCAUGGAAGAUGUCGCCAAAAACUUGGCGCCGGGGACGGACCCACCUCCUGAGCGGCUGUGCCCCGAUAUAAGGUACACCGGCGCCGACGACAAGAUCUUGCCGUGUUACCGAUUUGUAUUGGCGUCGAGCGAAUAUGCGCUCAAGGACAGCAACGGCAAUUGCAUUAAAGUCCUCAACCCACCGCCCAGCGUCAAGAAGCAGUACAAUGACAGCAUGUGCGAAGUCAAAGAAAACUGCUACUGGCGCGCGAUCGACCCGACGGCCACGACGGACCGCGCACCUGUCUACGCGGAAAAGCAAGCCGUGCAGCCGCCGUCCGGCUCCAUGACGGUCAAAGACGCUUGGAAGACGCUGCUGACGUGGCGCGACAGCUUCGGCGCGUGCGCCAUUCCGUCAGCGAUUUUGUUCGUUCUGAGCUUUCUUACGAUCUUCUUCUUCAUUACGUGCCGCUGCUGCUGCAACCGGUGCGGCGGCCGCAAAGGCAAGCCCGGCGGCUACUCGUGCAGCGAGAAAACGAUCCCGAUCGUGUUUUACCUCAUGUUUUCCAUUGCCAUUCUCGUGCUCGCGGGCCUCGCCUAUGUCUACUUUACGGUCAUUACGACCUCGGUGAGCAACGUUUUCACGAUUGCACUCGGGUUCAUUACGCAAAUCGUCGACUGGAUUGCCAGGCUCGUGGCGCCACUUCUGCACAUUGCCGACACGGUCGAGUCGUCUGCCUCCAACAUUGACGCGCAGCUCGCGGGCUCGGCCUUUAUCGGGGACGGUCUCAACGGCAUUGUGCUCCGGCUCGGCGAGUUUGCCAACAACACGGCCAACGUCACGCUGCCGCGCGGCUGCACAGUCGGCACCGACCGGUUCUGCACCCCCUGCGAUGCGUGCACGACGAUUAGCCAGCAAGUGGGUGCGGCGCGCGACCAAAUGAACUCGGUGGCGGGCACGGGCGUCUCCGCGCUCGCGACUGCACGCACCGACAUUAUGCGUCUCCUCGUCUCGGCGAGUGGCACGAUUUCGGAUUUUGUUGCGAGCGUUACGACGACCAAUACGCAGCUCCAGUUGGAGAUCAAGAACCAAAACAAGCUCAUUUUGGACGUCCAGUCGAGCUGGGAGAGCAUCAGCGAGUACACGGAUUUGGGGUUUCUUGCGCUCUUCGCGUUGGCGAUCGUGACGAUUGUGGUCGGCCUCUUCGGCGUUUUCUUUGGCUUGACGCCGUGCCGCGGGCUUGUACCUAUCAUGCACCUCGCGUACAGCGUCGGCUUCAUCGCGAUCAUCGUCACGUUUCUUGUCUCGAUCGUCUUUAUCGCCGUGAGCCUCGUCCUCGUCGACGUCUGCAAGCUCCAAACGAUCGUCGCUGCCGACUGGACGACGGUCUUCGGCGACCAAGCGGCGGGUAUGAACGCUUGCUUCCACGCCAACGAGUCGCUCAUUGACGCGUUCAACCUCACGUCCAGCUUUGCCUUUGCGACCGACAUUGAGUUUCCGACCCUCGACCUCACGACGAUGCUCGACUUUUCGACCUUUGACGCGUUUGCGACGAGUAUCAACAACGUCUCGACAAGCACGUUCAACUUGGACCCGACGUUCGCGACGUUCUUCCUCGAUGCGCUCAACAGCAACUCGUCGAUCAAUGCCGCCGGGUGUGUAGCGACCGGCGGCGCGUAUACGCUCACCAACAUCUUUACGCCGUGGGCCGCCAACAGCGACCCGCAGCAGCCCAACCAGACGCCAGAAAACUACAUGAAUUCCAAGUAUUCGCCGACGACGGUCGGCGCCUUGUGCCCGGCCCCUCCGCCCGGCACUUGCUACACGUCAAGCAACACGCCGUGCUUGUACCAAGGCUACAUUGUGCAGCUGUGGCAAAACGUGACGACACUUCAGACCAUUUCGCUGCAGUCGACGCAGUUUAUCGCCGACAUGCGGACGAAUAUGACCAACCUCCAAACGUACAUUGGGACGUUCAAGUCGAACGUCUCGACGCUCUCCAACACGAUGAACAACAUCUCGACGACCCUCCAGAGCACGCUCAUCAAGGACGUCAACACGAUCAAGGGCGAGGCGUACUGCACGUUCAUUGGGGCGACGUACUUUGAGCUCACCGAGCAGCUCUGCGGCUACAUGACACCGUCCUUCCUCAUGAUCGCGCUCUUCCUCUUCCUCAUUGGCGUCUUCCUCGUCCCGAUCAACGUUACGCUCAUCCUCAUGGUCAAGCGACUCCGGUACAGGCACGGCCACUCGCCCGUCCUGGCCGAAAACAAUCUCAAGUAGAUCCACUCAAGCGUGAAACAAAAAGCAACCAAUACAUAUGUCUUGAAUAUCAUCGUGGAAUCCUCA